AAAAUAUGACAGAAAAACAAAUUAUCACAGAAGAAACAUUACAGAAAAAAAAAAGAGGUGCAAAAAGAAAAUGUGAUGAUGAUGAUGCAGAUAUAAAAAUUCUUCAGAAUCGUAAAAGACAAAGAACUUAUCAUGAAAAAAAAAAAGAAAUGAUAAAUUCUUUUAAAACAAAAAUCAAUGAAUUAGAAGAAGCAUUAAAAAAUUCCAAAAAAGAAAAUGAUUUAUUAAUAAAUGAAAAUGAAUCAUUGAAAGAACGAGAUGCAAAGGAUAAUGAGAUAUUGAGCGAAAUUUCUCCAACAACUAAUAUUUGUGAUUUAAACAAUAAAAAUAGUAAAAUUGAUGUUGUGGAAGUAGAUAAUG